UUAAUUUUGACGUUGGAGGUGAUCUGCCGCAUGUUGUUGACUGAAGUUCGGAGUGACAGUUGACCAGCCAACAUGGACUUUGAGAUAAGGGACGUAUUCAGUGUCGACGUGAAUCAAACGCGGAAGUGCUCUGAACUCGAGAAAGCCCGAGAAUGCAUCAAUGAAGCUUUACAGUUCCUGAUUCCAUACAGAGACUCGGUCAUAGAGAUCAGUGGUGUGUUGGAAUACAUUAGGCUUCGUAAGGCUGUGGAUGUGCAAGUCUGCAUUCACCUCCAGAAGGCAAACCAGUUCAUCACAGAAGCACUACAGAGUGGAGUCCAGCAGAACACAGCUCUGAUUCAGGAAGAGACUGAAAGGCUGUGGGACAAGCCCACUGUUGUGAAAGGGGAAGACCUGCAGGGUCUCAUCAUGGGGAUUCGAGAAGUUGAGGUGGAUGAGACUCCUGCAAAGGCCGUUGCUACUGCUGAUGCAUGUCCUGAUAAAUCUGAAGUGCAAGUAGAUGACACUGCUGCUGAUGCUGGUGGAGCUGACGCUCCAACACAGCAGACCACAUCCACCUUCUUAUCUGCUGCUGUCAAAGCCGAACUUUUGCAGGAAUCAGACGUCGCUCCAGCCCUUAGGUCUGAGGUGAUUGGCUCUUCUCCAGAUCUGGUGUCCCUAUUUCAGCUAAAGAGAUUAUCAGUGCGACUGGUUGACUGCCGAGCAUCUCCAGGGCAACAAGAAACAAACAAAGAUGGAGAAAAACCCAAAUCUGAGAAGGGCCAUGACUGCCAUCAGAGUGGUAGAAGAAUUUCAAAGGAAAGCUGUUUGAGAAUACGCCAGGCCGUGGAAGCUAGAGACAAGCCCCACCGUUGUCAGCAAUGUCAUAAAGGUUUCUCGCACGAAUGGAAUCUCAGACGGCACCAGCGCCUUCACGCUGGAGAGAGGUCUUACUCCUGCACACAGUGUGCGAAAACCUUCUCACUGGAGGAGGAUCUCGUAAAACAUCGGCACAUUCACACAGUGGAGCAGCCGCAUCGAUGUGGACAGUGUGGGAAAGGAUUCACGCGGGCAACAAAUCUCAAAAGGCACCAGCGCGUUCACACUGGAGAAAAGCCGUACCAGUGUGAACAGUGUGGGAGACGCUUUACUGCGGCGUACAGUCUCACGAUGCACCAGCAGGUUCACACUAGACACAAGUGCCAACAGUGUGGGAAAAGCUUCUCGCUGGAGGAAGAUCUCGUAAAGCACCAGGUCAUUCACACAGUGAAGAAGCCGCAUGUGUGUGGACAGUGCGGGAAAGCGUUCUCUGUGCUACGCUAUCUCCGAGUGCACCAACGUGUUCACACUGGAGAGCAGCCCUACCAGUGUGGGCAGUGUGGGAGACGUUUUUCGGUGGCGAGCAAUCUCCGGGUUCACCAGCGCAUCCACUCGGGACUCAAGCCCUACCAGUGUGGACAGUGUGGAAAGAGCUUUUCGGUGCAAGUGCAUCUCCAAUAUCACCAGCAUGUACACACACCGGACAAUACGUACCAAUGUCUCGUGUGUCAGAAAACGUUUUCGCGGCCUUCGACUCUCCAACAACACCAGGUCCUUCACACUGGAGAGAAACGGUUCCAAUGCGGCCACUGUGGGAGAAGGUUUGCACAGGCAGGAUAUCUGAGGCUACACGAGUACAUUCACAAAGAGGUCAAGCCCUACCAAUGCAUAGAAUGUGGGAAGGGUUUUGCACAGUCAGGUGAUCUGGCAGCACACCAGCGCAUUCACACCGGGGAAAAACCAUUCCAAUGCAAUCAGUGUGGCAAGCGCUUCACACGGGGACAACACCUCAGAGUUCACCAGCUCUGUCACACGGGGGAGAAGAAUCACCACUGUGGACAGUGUGGGAAGCGCUUCUUACGGGUGUACGAUCUCCAAAAACACGAAACCAUUCACAUGGAAGAGAAGCCCUUCCACUGUCAGAAGUGUGACAAGCGUUUUUCACAGGCGCAGCAACUCAGAAUUCACCGGCGCGUUCACACCGGAGAGAGACCUUACACCUGUCAUCAGUGUGGCAAAAGUUUCUCACAGGUUGGAAAUCUCAAACGUCACCUCAAGGGAAGACGCUGUUCACCGGAGUGACACGGAAACCAUGAUCUGGACAUCGCAAACGCACCAACACUUUCAGGCAUCUCCAAGCACGUUUGGUUAUUCCCCACUCAGAUGUCCUUUGUCCC